AUGAGUAUGAAGAAAUAUAAACAAAGUAAAGCAGAUAUUGCGAAACAAUUUGACUUACCUGAGCGCCAGUCGAAGAUUACCAGUUUAUUAAAUCAAGCUGGGCAAGCAUAUUGUAUAUGUCGUUCUUCGGACAGCUCGAGAUUUAUGAUAGCAUGUGAUGCCUGUGAGGAAUGGUAUCAUGGAGAUUGUAUUAAUAUAUCUGAAAAAGAAGCUAAAUACAUCAAGAACUAUUUUUGUGAUCGGUGUCGAGAGGAGGAUCCAAGCCUUAAAACUAAAUUCAGACCACAGAAAAGAGAAAAUGAUGGAGAUUCAGGUCGAGAUGAGGGUAGAAAGAAGAAAAAAGAAAAAGAGUAUUCCGAAAAUAAAACUUCUAAAAGACCAGCAAAAGAUGGCUGUGGAGACUGCCCUGGAUGCUUACAGCUAAAUGAUUGUGGACAUUGUGAUGCAUGUGAAGAUAUGUACAAAUAUGGUGGUAGCAACAAGCUGAAGCUCAAAUGUCGAAAGAGGCAGUGUGUUAAGACUAAGAAAAGCUCCCGAGUUUCUAGCAGUAACCGUAUAAAAAAGAAACAUCACGAACGCGAAGUGUAUGAGCCGGAGGAGUCCAUUGCUCAUCUCCAUACAUCUGAGCCUCGGCACUGCUAUGGCCCUCAAUGUACAAGAGCUGCUCAAUAUGGUUCAAAGUACUGUUCACCUCAAUGUGGUAUGCGUCUGGCUACAGCAAGGAUAUAUCAGGUGCUUCCUCAACGCAUACAAGAAUGGUCUCUAUCGAGCUGUGUCGCUGAACAGCACAAUCGUAAAGCGCUUGAAGUGGUCCGAAGCGGGUUGGCUAAAGCGCAAGCAGCGCUUAGAGCGUUGGACAAGCAACAUACUGAAUUGGAUACUUUGCUAGAAAGGGCUAAACACGCUACUAUACAGCAUAGUGAUGAAAAGGAACUAGACGAUGAAACAUCGAUGUACUGUGUGACCUGUGGUCACGAAAUACAUUCCCCGUACAGCGGUCAAACAUAUGGAGAAGUGCUUCGUCAAAUAUGA